ACAACAAAACAAUACAAGAAAAAAAACGGAAAAACCAAGAAUAAAAAAUGGCCGAACUCUUAUCAAGGGAAAAGGAGCUAUUCAAAAUUAACCAAGAACUUAAUCUAAUGACACUAAAUUCAUCUGGAACAACGGCCGAGAAUGUUUAUCCGGCAAAUAACAUGAAUAAUAAUACGAGUUUACCGCGUUAUGGCACCUAUCAUAAGCAAAAGGGUCCCAGCACUUUGCUAAAGAAGAAAGGACAGGCUAGCGCCUUUCAACAGCCCAAGGCAAAGACUACAGUGGCAGUGCCGCCAGCUAAAACCAAAGGCGGUGGGGGUGGAGAGGUGCCAUCGAUGCCAACAACACCAAGAGCCACAACCCUUCUAACCAAAUCAAAAGGACCCGAAUGGCGACAAGGUACAGCGGGAACAGUACCGACGACAACGACAAUGACGGCGGCGACGGCGACAACGGGUACACAUAUCCUGUCCAAUAGUCAGAAAUAUGCCACAGCACCACCAGGAGCCACAUCAUCGAUAUUUGAGAGUAAAUACAGUACAUAUACACGUGGAACGACCAGUAAAACGGCAGCAGUUAUCAAAUAUCGAAAUCCCAAUUUUAGUGAGAGUCCUUCGUUGGAUCAAUUGUUGCGCAACGAUUUGGCAGAUGCUGCAAAUGUUGUCAAAUUGGUUGAAGUCUCACAGAAACGCGAGAGCACCACUGUGGUCAGUGGUCAGUCUAAGAAACAAUUGACCCAGGAUAAUUUCAUUAAAUUUCUGAAAGCAAAAGUAGCGAUUCUCGAAGAGGAUCACGCCCAGCAUGCCACAGAGAUGGCUAGGCAAAAGGAGCAAUUAGAUCAGGCCUUGAAUGCGCAACAAAAAGCCGAAAGUCAUCGGGAUCAGGCUCUAAGUACGAAUAAACAUUUGAUGGAGCAGCUGCAACGUUCCGAACAGCAAUGUGAGGACUCCAAUCGUAGGCAAAAGGAUCGUCAACAGGAGUAUACAAAUCAGCAGCGUGAAUUAGAGCUUUUGCGGCGUGAUGCGAAAAUCCUUAAACAGACUGUAACGAAUCUAGAGAAUCGUUUGGGUAGAGCCCAUGAGGAGGCCGAAAAUGCCCGGCAGGCUCUGAAUCAAAUGCGUGGCGAACAACGUGAACAGCAGGAGACAAGCCGCAAGGAGUUAAAGACACGAGAUAAUCGCAUCAAGGCAUUGAAGCGACAACGUGGCGAUCUUCUAAAUGCCUAUAAGAAGCAACUAUUCAUGAUUGAUAAUCUAAAGAGACAGACCGCCUGUAUGGAGCAAUCGGUGGCCAUUGGUUUUGGCGAGAAAGAGUUUAAUAAGGUGCUCGAAUGGAAUGCAAAGACGUGAUCAACCCAUGACAAUGAUGGUCAAAAUGAUGAUGAUGAUAAUGUUCAUAUUCCUUGUGGUCAGUUUCAAUGAUUCUUUAGGACUAAACCUGCAUUUCUUGAUAAAACAAAAAA